CGAUAAUGCAAGUGAAAAUUUAUUAAAAUGGAGAUCAUUAUGCUGGACAAAUGAUAAAUGGUGAAAAGUAUGGAAAAGGUAUAUUUAAGUGGGUUAAUGGAGAUGAAUACAAUGGAGAUUGGAGUAAUAAUUCUAGAACUGGAAAAGGCAAAAUGAUAUUUGCUGAUGGAAAUUCCUAUGAAGGAGAUUAUUUAAAUAAUGAAAGACAAGGAGAGGGUAACUAUAAAUGGGCUAACGGUGAUGAAUAUUAAGGAGAAUGGAUGAAAAAUAAUAGGAAUGGAAAAGGUAGAAUGAUUUCAGCUAAUGGUGAUUAAUAUUUAGGAAAAUGGUAAAAUAAUCUUAAGCAUGGUAAAGGUCUAUUUAAAGAAAUUAAUGGAAAUUAAUAUUAUGGAGAUUGGGAAAAUGAUAAGAAAAGUGGUAAAGGUAAAUAGGCAUUUUUUAAUGGAAAUUAAUACGAAGGAGAUUAUUUGGAGAAUGAGUUAAAUGGUAAAGGUCGAUUUAAAUGGGCUAAUGGUGAUUAAUAUUAUGGAGAUUGGAAAAAUGGAUCUAUGACUGGAUAGGGUCUAAUGUCUUAUGUUACUGGAGAAUCAUAUGAUGGAGAUUGGAUCAAUAACCAAAGAAAUGGAUAAGGUACACUUAAAUGGGCAAAUGGAGAUGAAUAUUUUGGAAAUUGGUAAAAUAAUUAAAAGAAAUGGAAAGGGUUUACAAAAAUGGAAUAAUUAGAUUUAAUACUAUGGAGAUUGGGUUGAUGAUAAAAGGUAUGGAAAA